GAUUUGUGUUCCUGUCCUUGCCCUGAUCAUGCUUUGCACCCUGGGGCUCUUCAGCAGUGAGGUUGCAGCUGUCCGCAAAGGAGCCUGCUGCACAAUGUACUCCAGUAGCAUAGUACCUAUGAAACAUAUCAGAGGAUUUACUAUCCAGACCAAUCAAGGAAAAUGCAAUAUCAACGCAGUGAUUCUGCACACUCCAAAACGCAAUAUCUGUGUGGAUCCUGGACUACUGUGGGUGUCUAACGCCAUCGACAAGCUAAGGGCACAGGUCCAAGUGCUGAAAACAAAGAACAAUGGUAGUCAAUAGAUUUUCUGUUGCAUGGAUGUCCCAAAUUUUUUUACAAUUUCACAUUGAAAUGAUCAGAAAUUGUGAUUCUACACAUGUCUUUUUAUAUUACUCUGUUACACUGUAUAAACUACUGUUUUUCAAACAAUAAAUACAUUUAUUUAACUUUUA